UGUUUAGACUCUCACUCCUUGGUUUCCCAGCCGGCUACUGAGCGGCAGACUCCAACUUAGUCUGAAAGCACGGAACUGUUAAAUAGCACUUUCCGGAGACAAGGUGCAUUAUCGUUUUCGCCUGCACGUUGAGGUUUGGAGAAUAAACGCAGCGAAGAAGUUUGCCUCCAUCGCCAUCAGAAAUGAAGACCUCAGUGAAGAUGGUUUGGGGGUAGAUUAAUGGCGUUCGAGUUUGAAUUAGAACGGAUCAAGGUGAGGAAAAACUUCACUCGGAGCUGACUGUUCCAGACUGACAUUGCGCACAGAUGGUAAAAGACAAGAUGCGCCUGUUGAGCACAUCGUGCUGGUGUCAAAGCGAAGGAAUCCGAAUGAAUGCAUUCACGUCCAGUUUGAUGCAGCUACUUCUUCUCCUAGCUGUCAUACUUUCCUGUCAAGGCUGUCCGGAAAAAUGCGCAUGUUCCGGGCAAACAGUAAAAUGCCAAAACCAGGACUUGAACGCAAUUCCACAUUUAAUACCGGCCAAUUCCAAGUUCCUUGUGAUCACGGGAAACAACAUUUCAAGCAUAAAAAAUGACUCUUUUCCCAGCCGCCUGGAUUUAUUAACAGAUCUUGAUCUCAGUGACAAUGAGAUGGAGGCUGUGGAGGAAAUGGUGUUUCAUAACUUGCCAAACAUGGAGUGUCUAGACCUGAGCAACAAUAAAAUCCAAACUUUCAGCGAAAAGGCUUUUCCAGAUGACGACAAAUUGCAGGUGUUGAACCUCAGCGGGUCUUUUUACAAUCAUUCCUCUGUGAGCGGGCUCCUGAAUGUCCUAGAGAAUGACAAACUCCUCCAGCUGACAGUCUUGGACCUGUCCGACAAUGACCUUGUGCUUCUGCCAGAUGAUUCAUUCACGAGUUUAUCCAACCUGGUCAACCUCAGCUUGCAGAACACCUCCAUCAUCUCCGUCCCUAAGGGGAUACUAAAGGUGCCACGACUCCAAGACCUUGACCUGAGCCACAACAGUCUCAGGAAUAUUCCUUACACCACCCUGAUGGAGUUCAACCUGAAGCCAGACCUUCAUAUUCGCCUGGACGGGAAUCCCUGGCGUUGUGACUGUUCUAUUGAGGAUUUGUUGGUGUGGCUGAAGAACUCCACUCAGGUCACGGACAUGAAGGACCUGACCUGUGCAGAGCCUGAGCGUCUGAGGCGCCGGCCACUAUUACAGGUGGAGCAGACCCAGCUGAAGUGUUCGGGCAACAUGGAAGGUGUGCUCGAGACUUCGUAUGUUUUUCUUGGUUUGGUGCUGGCACUGAUUGGCGUCAUAUUUCUGUUGGUGCUCUACCUGAACCGCAGAGGCAUCAAGCGCUGGAUGUACAACAUCCGGGAUGCUUGUAGGGACCACAUGGAGGGAUAUCAUUACAGGUAUGAAAUCAACUCGGACCCACGUUUGGCCAAUCUGAGCAUCAAUUCAGAUGUGUAAGCAAAAGAGUGAGCUGUUGUCCGGGACAUAUUAAAUAUGACUACCGUUCAAGUUGCAUGAGUCUUCCCGCCCCCUCUUUUGUGGCUCCCAACAAACCCUUUUACCACCUCAUUUGUUCAACUACUGCUGCAUGUUCGGUACUUUGCAGCUCUGCUCUGAUAUAGACUUGUGUUCAUUUUCCUCACGUAUGGGAUCCUUGCAUGCAUUAAUUAUAAUGACGGGCUGAAAAGACUGAAAUGCUCAUGUUUACUCGACCUGAAGGACAAACAAAUGCACUGACUUUUAUGAACAAAAUGAUGGAAUAAUCCAUAUUCUAUUGAUCGUCACAUCCUUCUCCGAUGUCUCUGCGGAAAAGAAAUUAUAUAAAGCUUGUCUGUGUUCUUUCCCCUCUGUUUAAUAUGUAAACUUGUGAUGAAUGUUGGACUUAUUUGUAUGAUUAUAGUGCACAAUGCAUUUUUUUUAUUUAUUAGAUGGAGUAGUCUCAUUUUUCCUUGUAAAGAUGUCCAGUUAAAUAAAAUGCCUCUGAAUUGCUUGUAUCCAUAUUGACUGAGGGCCUUUUAAUCAUAGGAGCAGAAAUUGGCAGACAGAGGCGUUUGUAGUUAUUUGCUCGUGUGCCAGCUGCACAUCAAGCACCCAUAAAUUCCAUCUUACUUGACUAAAAAUACCACUCAUGAUAGCAGUAUUUCUAAUGCAAUGUACUAUUUCUCUUUUUAUUUUGAUAUUGAUUUGACCUAGUCAUUUAUCAUAUACAGCAUGCAUGAUAACCUCUGCUCCUCUGCCAAAAUCAUCUUUCAUUUGAACUACUGAAUCUUACUUUCUAUUAUCAUGAUACAAGUAUGUGAUGCAGCAUUAAAAUUCAAAACAUACUUUACUCUGUAUCUUUGUUGUGCUCUCAUGGCCUUAGUCCUGCAAAGAAAAAAAAAUCCCUCUCAGUAUUUGCCCCGAUUGAUAAGGUAGCCUUUAACAAUCAAGAGAAUUUUAUAAGCUCCAAAUUCAUUAAGAGUUGGGAUUUGUAUUUCUGCUGUAUCACAAGGUCAGCAGAGCCUGCAGUAAAUAAAAUAUGUGUAAUGUUGA